UCUCUGUAAGUGAGGCCUUCGAAGACAUUAUGUUGAUUAUAUGUGAAUUAUUCUUUAGUAUAAACACUGGCUAAUGGAUUUUGUGUAAUAAUUACAAGUACUACAUGUGUACUGGAAUCAGUUAUGUGUUGUGCAUUCUAAUAUUUAGCAUCCGCCGGACCGGAAUACGAGGAUUGAGUGUAUGUAUUGAUAGUUCCAAUGGCUCUGUGACUGGCAAUGUCGAAUGAUGCAUAGCAAAAUGAAGUCUGCGGACGUAUGCUAAACUUUUUAUCAAUACGGUGAGAAAAAAUCAUUUAAACCGGAAGUGAACAUAAGCGAUCUAUGAUUUCCAUCCAAUAUGGCGGACAAUCAACUUUGCAUCGUGUAAUAAAAGAAGAUUCUUAUUGAUUUACGAAGGAACCCGACUAUUACACCACUGAACAUGGAGCAGCAGACGCCUAAUUAGAAUACAAGACACACAACUACCAUGAUAUUUAAUCGCAGGAAGCCAAAACCUCGAACUUCGUUCAACGAACGAACUCGCAUCAACUUGAAACAGUUGGUAGAAGGUUGGUAGGAACAACCUUGUUGGGAUGCCUUUGAAAUUGAAUAUCAAUUGCAAUACUCAAAGUGACAUUAAGUAAAAGCUUGCCCCACGAUGGGAAUUUGGGGGCGUGGCUUAUUUUUUAACACGUGGUAAUUAGUCACGUGUUUCCAUUCAAAUAUGGAGUUAGAAUUGCUAGUCCUUAGGAUUCAUUGUUUCUGUAUAUGUCUAUGUGAAAUUCUACUGGUAACAACUGCUGAAAGUCUAGGAGGUCCCGAGCUACAGUUUCCUCCAAAAUUGAAUCACCAUCUACGCCCAGAAAGAAAGCCAAGUGGUAGGAAUUUAAGAUCAGAAGAUGCGGACAUGGCUCUGCUACGGACUAAUUUUUCAGUGGAUGAAGACUCAUUAAAGGAAAGUAAAAUGUUGGAAUUUAUUGAUUCUAUACGAAAUAACCAAUCAGCAAGAGAGAAACUGUGCAAUAAGUCAAGAAACCUUCAGACUAUAACACUUAGUGAUUUUAAUUAUGAGUUUAAACCGACGUCUUUCCAAAAGUACAAUGAACAAGUGCAGCGAGGUCGUUUGAUAGCAAAAUAUUUGACAGAUUUGUUUACAAACAAUCCAACUGUUGAGUUUACUAACUUUUCUGAUGAACAUGUGCCAGCUUUAAUUUCUUUUCUAAGAAUUAUUAUAGAUGAUGGAAAUAUAGCAGGGGCUGGAAUUGCAUUUUCGACCAAAUUUUUUCCUUACAUUUACAAAAACACAAGUGAUGGUGAUAGCAUGACCCAGGACUUCGGAAUGUCAUACAAAAACUUUACAAACCAGGAAUUUUACGCUUAUCAUUCUAAAAAGUUCCACAAAUCGUAUGACGUCACGUCCGCUCAUACACCAUUCACCGUUCACUGGGAGCAGCCAUAUUUUGAUUGUUUCCGGUUAAAGCGAUGGGUUGCAGGCGUGUCGUUACCAUUCUUCAAUAAUGCAACGAAAAGAGAAUUUAAGGGCGUUGUUCUACUUGAUAUCGACCUCAACAAAACUGCCAUCAACCAGUGCGAGGAGUCAACCACCCUUUUUGCUGGCUCCCACAAAUGCAGGCCAGAGUCCACGAAGUGCAUGUAUUCACAUGAUGAAAACUUCGGGGGAGGAAACUACGAAUGCCAUUGCAAAUCUGGAUUUUACUUUCCAAUUUUAAAUGCAACACAAAAACACUAUUCCGGAACUCAGCUAGAACGACAUAUCCUGUCUGUCAUGCGCAGUGGUGCCAACUUUUCAGAAAGCAUGAGUGAAUUUCAAUGUCUUCCAUGUCAUCAGAGAUGUGUGGACUGUGAAGACGAAGGGCCGUGCUUUGUGGAAUAUAACAUUUUCAUGAGAGGAAUACCACUCGGCAUACAAAGUUUUUGUAUGACAAUAUCACUUGUAUUAGGUAUUGUGGUAUUACGCGUUAGAAAGUGCAAGGUGAUGGUGAUUGGAAUGUGGUGCUUACUAGAAAUUAUUCUUCUGGGUGCUUUAUUGCUUUAUGCUACGGUUGUCGUCCAAUACUUUGAACCGUCUACAACGACAUGCCUGCUAGUGCCAUGGUUACGAGAACUCGGGUUUGCAAUACUAUACGGGGCUUUGGUUCUUAAAAUAUACAGACUGCUGGCAGACUUCCAAUCUCGAAAAGCACAUCGUGUCCACGUCAGGGAUAAAGACCUUUUAAAAUACCUCCUCUGUAUCGUCAUGGUCGUCAUAGGGUAUAUGGCGGCAUGGACCUGCGUAAAUAUCGACCAGGUCCAAGAGGGUUCAUCAUUAUUGGAGACGGGGGAACACGAAGGGUUAAGAUAUAUCGUAUGUAAAGAUGGUUGGUGGGACUACUCCACAGAAUCAGCGGAGAUCCUGUUUCUGGUAUUCGGGUUGUACCUCUGUUGGCGAGUCCGGGCGGCACAGUCAGAAUACAGGGAGGGGUUUUACGUCUCCACAGCCAUAUUUCAAGAAUGUGUUAUUUCUACAAUGUUUUAUGCACUAAGGCAUAUAUAUUGGGUAAACCUUCAUCCGGACUAUCUUUUCCUGAUGUAUUUCCUACGCUGUCAACUAACCGUCAGUGUAACUUUGGUAUUAGUUUUUGGGCCAAAGCUAUGGUACGCGCAUCGUCCACCGGAUGAGCGGAGCAUCCGAAAUAGGGCUUACUCCGCUUCCGAAGUUCCCGACAACAUGGCACCGGAAGCGAUGAAACUUAACGUCGGUAUUUCCUCAAACGGUGACGUUGACGUUGGCGACGUUAGUCUUGCAGAUAUGGACCCAGAAGAUAUUAGGCUUGAAUUAAAGCGGUUAUAUACACAGCUGCAGGUGUACAAAACCAGGAAUAUGAGAAAAGACAAUCCUCAUAUUUCCAAGCGUCGUGGGGGACGCAAACAGACACACAGACGCUUUUCUCUUCAAGCGGCGUUUCACCAUAAGCAUCGCCAUCAUCAUGAUCAUGAGCACGAACACGAACUGUCAAAAACGCCCGAAGAGAGCACGAACUCUGCCGAAGGGCUGCCGAUGCCCAUCGAAAUGAGCGUUACGAAAUGUGAGGAUCUAAACGAAGUGAAACCAACGUCAACCGUCUCAUUUAAAAUGUCGCAUACUCAUAAAUGAUGUUAGUUAUAUAUUAAUUAACCGAUUUUCAUUUAUAUUAAUGUUUCAUUGAAUUAAUGUGUUGUAAAAUUCGCAUGUUGAUUGUGUUAUUAUUGUGUAUUGUAAAAACGGACUAUUUAUUUUAUAAAAGAAUUACAUGUGGCAGCAGAGCAUUUGUUAAAAAUAAACAUUUCCAGUAAAUAAAGCAAAUCAUUAGGGCAGGUUCAGUAUAGAAGAACUCGCUCACAUACUGCAUAUUUAAUACUAUUUUAUCGCGAAUCCGUUUUAAAUCAGACUUUUUCAUAAUUGAUUGCAUUCAUACCUGUCCCUUUAAAGGUGCUCGUUCACAUAUCUUUAUUUGCCGGCACUUGUUUUUCAGAUUUUGUUUAAAUUGAUGUACUUAACCUAGUUGUAUCAACAAACACAACAGCAGCCUGCAGAUACUCAUUUUAACAUAAUUUGUAAAUUUUAACCUAAGUCAUUUCAUUUGCAAUGCUAGGCUAUCAACAUAUUUAGGAUUCAACAUAUCCAUUUAUUUAAGUAAUUUUAGCGCAUACGUGUUCUCCAUUACAUGAUGAUGCAAACAAUGUGAUACAAAAUAAAACAUAUUUACAACGAUAACGUGAAAGAUAUGAAAAAGAAACUAGAAAGAAUCACAAUGUUAUAAAAAGAACAGUAAUACUUAUAGUUAAGUUUAUAGUGAUAUACUCAGCCGUGCAAAGAGAUGCUAAAUAUAUGUGGGUGUUAUUAAUCUAUUUCGAUUUAGAUACUAAAUUAACAAAGUUUUGGCGACGUAUCAGUUCUUUGAAAUAAGCUUAAACAGUUUAAUUUGAACUGCAUAGUUUGUGUAGUGCAUGAGGUGUUAUAGUUCUAGGCCUAACUGCGAAUUUUCCAUUCUUAUAAGAUGUACGUCGCUCGGAGCUCUUGCGGCCAUUUUUAUCGAAAACAACCUCGGAUGUAUGCCGGUACAUCAGUUGAAGUAGUUCGUAAAUUAUUGAAUUAUAUCAUUAAUUAAAUGUAGUGUUUUAGAGUUGUAUUUAUUGAUCUAAAUUUAAAUUGAUUGCCAGUGAAGUGUAUUGUUGCAAACAUAAUUAAGAUUCCUAAGAAAUAAGUCAUAAAGUUUUACUGCUAAAUAAAAUUACUACGCGAUCUACUUGCAGCGGACUUAAACGUACCUCUUUUUGAGUAUGUAAACCGUCCAAAUACAUCCGAGGUUGUUUUCGAUAAAAAUGGCCGAGGAGUUCCGAAUGGCUGUACGUAUAUCGAAAUAUACAUUUCAUAAACAACAAAGUAAAACAAAGUAAAAUUCAUCUUCUGUAUGACCACUAUUACAAAUAGAGCACUUGUUUGUACUUGCGGUGAUGUUUAAUCAUUUUUACAAGCCAUUUAUUCAUAUUUCACUAGUCGACCCAUUAAAACGUGAACGAGUCCCUUUAAAAGGUGUGGAGGAAGAUGUCUUAUAGAUUCCACCAUGUUUAUCACAUCCAUGUAUUCGUUCAUUUGUUUAUACAAAUAUGUACAUAACACGGCUAUACUACAAAGCGCUUUCCUUUAAAACUAGUAUCUAAAUCGAUAUUGACUGCGAUCAGGGGCCAUGUUUACAAACAGGGGCCAUGAUUACGGACAGGGGCCAUGAUUACGAACAGGGGCCAUGUUUACGAACAGAGGCCAUGGUUACGAACAGGGGCCAUGAUUACGAACAGGGGCCAUGAUUACGAACAGGGGCCAUGUUUACGAACAGAGGCCAUGAUUACGAACAGGGGCCAUGAUUACAAACAGGGGCCAUGUUUACGAACAAUGAUUACAAACAGGGGCCAUGUUUACGAACGCUGAAUACAAACCGGGGCCAUGAUUACGAACGCUGAAUACAAACCGGGGCCAUGAUUACGAACAAUGAUUACGAACAGGGGCCAUUUUUAUGAACAGUCUCAUUGCCAAGUCUAGACUCAGACUCAUAAAAGUACUUAUGUCAAAUUUUAAAACAUCAGCUUUAUUCCGUAUGAUUAAACAAUUCCGUAUAGUUAUAAAAUUCAACAAUUCUCAUCAUUAAUACUCAACUAGAAAGAAAGUAACAAUAAAAUGAAGAUUUGCAGAUUGGCCACUUGAGUCUGAACUCAGACUCAAGACUGUUAGUUAUCGUAGUCCCUGGUUCUAACUGCUUUUUAAAUAGAUGCCACGUAGAACCUGGUUGCUUUCAACCCAUCAAUUGGUCAUCGGCAUAACUUCAUGAUCCAAACACUUAAUUAGAAGAUAAAAAAUGGGCGGUUUGAAUGGUGUUUCACUGGGAAGCUUUCUUUUAGUUAUUAUUCCAAUGUCUUAAUACUGUCUCCAAAAUAUAAGAACUGUUUUAAAACCAACGUUUAUUUUCACAACAAU